AUGUUUGAGGCAAAACAACAUCGUGCGGUGGAGAAGAAGGAGUCGAGCACAGAGACCGACGAAGGCCUGGGCAGCAGUAGUAAACACUUUGGCUCCGGGUCUCUGGGUUCUGGUUCUGGAGGUUCUGUGUAUCUGUCCGACAGCCAAGACUGGGUGGUGUCUCCCGUCUGCUCUCCUGAUGAAGGCCCCGCCCCCCACGCCAUCUCGCCGCUGUUGGCAGAGGAGACCUUCAGAUACAUGAGUGAGUCUGAGGAUCAGGAGGAGUCUGAGGAUCAGGAGGAGUCUGAGGAUCAGGAGGAGUCUGAGGAUCAGGAGGAGUCUGAGGAUCAGGAGGAGUCUGAGGAUGAGGAGGAGUCUGAGGAUGAGGAGGAGUCUGAGGAUCAGGAGGAGUCUGAGAGUCAGGAGGAGUCUGAGGAUCAGGAGGAGUCUGAGGAUCAGGAGGAGUCUGAGGAUCAGGAGGAGUCUGAGGAUCAGGAGGAGUCUGAGGAUCAGGAGGAGUCUGAGAGUCAGGAGGAGUCUGAGGAUGAGGAGGAGUCUGAGGAUCGGGAGGAGUCUGAGGAUCAGGAGGAGUCUGAGGAUCAGGAGGAGUCUGAGGAUGAGGAGGAGUCUGAGGAUCAGGAGGAGUCUGAGGAUCAGGAGGAGUCUGAGGAUCAGGAGGAGUCUGAGGAUCAGGAGGAGUCUGAGGAUCAGGAGGAGUCUGAGAGUCAGGAGGAGUCUGAGGAUGAGGAGGAGUCUGAGGAUCAGGAGGAGUCUGAGAGUCAGGAGGAGUCUGAGGAUCAGGAGGAGUCUGAGGAUCAGGAGGAGUCUGAGAGUCAGGAGGAGUCUGAGGAUGAGGAGGAGUCUGAGGAUCGGGAGGAGUCUGAGGAUCAGGAGGAGUCUGAGGAUCAGGAGGAGUCUGAGGAUGAGGAGGAGUCUGAGGAUGAGGAGGAGUCUGAGGAUCAGGAGGAGUCUGAGGAUCAGGAGGAGUCUGAGGAUCAGGAGGAGUCUGAGGAUCAGGAGGAGUCUGAGGAUCAGGAGGAGUCUGAGGAUCAGGAGGAGUCUGAGGAUGAGGAGGAGUCUGAGGAUCAGGAGGAGUCUGAGGAUCAGGAGGAGUCUGAGGAUGAGGAGGAGUCUGAGGAUCGGGAGAAGACUGAGAGUCAGGAGGAGUCUGAGGAUCAGGAGGAGUCUGAGAGUCAGGAGGAGUCUGAGGAUCAGGAGGAGUCUGAGAGUCAGGAGGAGUCUGAGGAUCAGGAGGAGUCUGAGGGUCAGGAGGAGUCUGAGGGUCAGGAGGAGUCUGAGGAUGAGGAGGAGUCUGAGGAUGAGGAGGAGUCUGAGGAUCAGGAGGAGUCUGAGAGUCAGGAGGAGUCUGAGGAUCAGGAGGAGUCUGAGAGUCAGGAGGAGUCUGAGAGUCAGGAGGAGUCUGAGAGUCAGGAGGAGUCUGAGGAUCAGGAGGAGUCUGAGAGUCAGGAGGAGUCUGAGAGUCAGGAGGAGUCUGAGGAUCAGGAGGAGUCUGAGAGUCAGGAGGAGUCUGAGGAUCAGGAGGAGUCUGAGGAUCAGGAGGAGUCUGAGAGUCAGGAGGAGUCUGAGAGUCAGGAGGAGUCUGAGGAUCAGGAGGAGUCUGAGAGUCAGGAGGAGUCUGAGGAUCAGGAGGAGUCUGAGGAUCAGGAGGAGUCUGAGAGUCAGGAGGAGUCUGAGGAUCAGGAGGAGAGGAGUCUGAGGAUCAGGAGGAGUCUGAGGAUCAGGAGGAGUCUUGAGAGUCAGGAGGAGUCUGAGGAUCAGGAGGAGUCUGAGAGUCAGGAGGAGUCUGAGGAUCAGGAGGAGUCUGAGAGUCAGGAGGAGUCUGAGGAUCAGGAGGAGUCUGAGGAUCAGGAGGAGUCUGAGAGAGGAGUCUUGAGGAGUCAGGAGGAGUCUGAGGAUCAGGAGGAGUCUGAGAGUCAGGAGGAGUCUGAGGAUCAGGAGGAGUCUGAGGAUCAGGAGGAGUCUGAGGAUCAGGAGAGUGUGUUUGAAAAAAACACAUAUCUCGCCUUUGAUCCCAACUCUUACUCGGGCUCCGCAGACCUGAAUAAAGUUGGAGCGGAGCAGAUGAAGACGUACAAUGACCUUGAAGUGGUCACUCACCUUUUGGCAGAGAGGGACAGGGACCUGGAGCUCGCGGCUCGGAUCGGUCAGUCUCUUCUUCAAAGGAACCAUCUGCUGCAGGAACGAAACGAGGCCAUAGAGGAGCAGCUGGCACAGGCCCUGGACCAGAUGAACCAGCUGCAGCAUGAGCUCAGUAAAAAGGACGAGUUGUUGCGGAUCGUGGCGACGGAGGAAAGCGAGACUGACUCCACCGCCUCCACGCCGCUACGACAGAACCCGCCUCCUGGAGCCGUCUCCAUGGCAACCGCGGCGCUCAACCAACUGGAGCAUCUGCAAAACAAACUGCAGGAUCUGGAGGACGAGAACACGGCUCUAAGAUCUGAGGCAUCUCAACUGAAAAGAGACACAAUAAACUACGAGGAGAAGGAGCAGCGUCUGGUCCACGACUGUGUGAAGGAGCUCCGAGAGUCCAACUCACAGAUGGUGACUCUGAACGAAGAUCUGACAAAAAAGAACGAAGAACUUGUGAAGCAUCAAGAAGAAAUGGCUCAGCUCCUGACGCAGAUCGUAGACCUACAGCACAGAGUCAAACAG